CCGGCCGCGGCGGCCCCGAGGGCUGGUACGAGGACCGCCAGGCCGAGCUCAAGGCGGCCGCCGACAAGGUGCAGACCAAGAGCAAGGCGCAGAUGCGCGCCCUCUCGCGCGAGGCCAAGCGUGCCGAGCGCGAGGAGCGUGCCAAGUCGGGCUGGAAGUCUGACGCCUUCGACCUCGGCUCCAACUAAGCCGACACCCUCCGUCCCUUUCCAAGGCUCCGCUCCGCUCCGCCUAAUGACACCACCCAUGUAUGCAUACUGCUCGCUGGCCCGCCAUGACAUUCCCAUUCCGUCGUCCUUGCCGCGUGAGAGGGAGCAAGCUGUGUGCUGAUGUGAGAGAGUCGUGCCCACGCACGGGCUCGUGCCGGGCGGGCUGUGGCUUGGGAUCGCCGUCGGCGCUGGCCGAGGCGUUGGCCCGACGCCAGCGAAGCAUCGCUCGCGUUCUUUCCCACCGUGGGCCUGGCUUCUGGCGCUGCACGUCACAAGCAGCACCUAUUUCUGGCGCCGCCGCCACAUCGCCGAGGAGCGAGUUGAGCUUGCUUGCGAAGCGCAUCUCGUGUUCCGUCGAUGGCGUGCAGCAUCAUGCAGCCAGAUCGCGAGCGCCGGCGUGCAGGAAGGAGCCCGUGCUGUACCCGCUCGCCUCCUGUCCGCCGCGCUCUCUCACGGGCGACGGCGGAGCGCUGUUUGGAGGGACCCCGCAUCCGAGCGUGAUUCAGGCUCCUUCCCGCCAUGCGCAUGACGGCACUCGGGUACCCAGCAGGUGGGACGGGCGCUCGCCGAGGAAGCCGAACCGGAAGCGGCCGCGCGGACAGCAGUAAGAGUGCGGCCUCCGCCGGCGCUGCGGGACGUCAUGACGCGCACGAUGUGGCUGCGCCGCAGCGUGACCCGCUGAUGCUGCA